CGAGGCCCAGCCCUUUAAAGCCAUGGCUUCACCUUUCUGGCCGGCCUGUAUGUAGAGAUCUAAGUGCUGAGGGGCCUGGAUGCUGGGAGUGGGCAUCAGUAGGCUGUGACAGGUGCACGUGGGACAUGAGCCACUGCCCAGGGCUCAGGAGGGACACACAGCAGGGCAGGGUGGACCCUGGGACGAAGCAGAGCCACUAGGAAGUGGGCAAGAUCUCGUUCAAUAAGCAGCCUCUGUGUGCCAGGCACCGUGGCAAGCCCUCUCUGCACCUUCUGAGGGGGUAUUAUAUGCCCAUUUGACAGACAGGGGGACGGAGCCCAGAGCAGCCGCUCAAAUUACAUACAGAUAACAAGUGGCAGAGCCGGGAUCUGAACUCAGGAGCUGCCUGGAGAUGCUGCUGCUGCUGCUGCUGUUUCCGCUGCUGCUGCUGCUGUUUCCACUGCUGCUGCUGCUGCUGCUGCUGCCGCCACUGGCCGGGCUCCGGCAGCAGCGGUCCCCGGGGCCCGGGCUGGCCUGGCUGGCCUGUCUCCAGCGCCGUGUGGCAUGGGGCGCCCUGUGCUGGGCAGCUGCCUGGCAGCGGUGGAGACUGGAGCAGAGCACGCUGCAUGCGGGCCAGAGCCAGCAGCAGGCCCUGAGGUGGUGUCUGAAGGGAGCCCCCAGCCCCCGCUGCCCCCUCAGGGGGGGCACAGAUAUGAGCACCUUCCGGAGUCAUCUCCCUCUGACCAAGGCCAGCGAGGCGCAGGAAGAAGAAAGUGGGGAGCAGCUCCUGCCGCCUACCCCAAAGCAGCACCACGGGACGGCCUCUCUACAGGCCACCUUGAUGGGUCUGGCAGCCCUGAACAAGGCCCAUCCAGAGGCACUGGCCCCAGGAGGCACAGCCUGUUUGACUGCUACAUCCCCCUGGCCCAGCCCCCUCCCCUGGCCUUGGCGUGUCCCCAGCCAGGGGAGCCCCCCUGGAGUUAAGGACCCCGAGGCCCUGCUGCUGGAAGCACUGAGGUCCCCGGGGCUGCGGGUACUGGAAGCUGGGACAGCAGUCGAACUCCUGGACGUCUUCUCGGUCCUGGGGGCCAACGGCGAAGCGCUGGCUGAGGCACUAGCUUCCAGGGGCCCGGGAGCACCUCUGCCCUGGCGGGCAGCUGAGCUGCGGGAAGCCCUGGAGCAGGGGCCCCGAGGGCUGGCCCUGAGGCUCUGGCCAAAGCUGCAGGUGGUGGUGACUCUGGACGCAGGAGGCCAGGCCGAGGCUGUGGCUGCCCUGCAGGCCUUGUGGUGCCAAGGGCUCGCCUUCUUCUCGCCUGCGUACGCUGCCUCUGGAGGGGUGGUGGGCCUGAACCUGUGGCCAGAGCAGCCUGGUGGACUCUACCUCCUGCCCCCUGGUGCUCCCUUGAUUGAGCUGCUCCCAGUCCAGGAAGGAGGCCAGGAAGAGACUGCCAGCACCAUCCUGCUGGCCGAGGCCCAGAAGGGCAGGGAGUACGAGCUGGUGCUGACUGACCACGCCAGCCUUACCAGGUGCCGUCUGGGCGAUGUGGUUCGAGUGGUUGGUGCCUAUAAUCAGUGCCCGGUCGUCAGGUUCAUCCGCAGGCUGAGCCAGACCCUGAGUGUGCGAGGAGAAGACACUGGUGAGGACGUGUUUUCUGAGGCCCUGGACCGGGCUGUGGGACAGUGGCCAGGGGCCACGCUGUUGGACCAUUGCUGCGUGGAGAGCGGCUUUCUGGACUCCUCUGGGGGCUCCGCUCCCCACUAUGAAGUGUUUGUAGCCCUGAGGGGGCUGAGAAACCUGUCUGAGGAAAAUCGAGACAAGCUUGACCACUGCCUCCAGGAAGCCUCUCCCCGCUACAAGUCCCUGCGCUUCCGGGGCAGCGUGGGCCCUGCUGGAGUCCACCUGGUGGGGCCGGAGGCCUUUGGGGCGCUCCGGGCAGCCCUGGUGGCCCGUCCCUCGUCUCCCUUCCCUCCCGAGAUGCCCCGGGUCCUCAGGCACAGGCCCCUGGCCCAGCUCCUGCAAAGGAGAGUGUUGUCCUGAGCCGAGGCCUGCCCACUGCCCCCCACCCCCCGACCGCCGAAGUUGCCUCUCUCUUUCCUCUGGGGCUUCUCUGGAUGGGGAGCCGUCGGCCAGGGUCUCUGAAUCUGUCACCUGUCGGGCUCAUCAGAGCUGCCGGGCCUCAGGGAGGUCCGACCUAGUCAGCCAGGUCUGAAGAGCGACUUCGGGGUGUACCAGAUACCAGCAGUGCCCUGCCCGGAGCCCCCGGAGCCCUCUCUGGAGGAAACUGCUGGACAGUUCCCACACACGCCAGAGGCUCCGGUGCCUCUCAGCCCAGCACGCUGGGCGGGCCGCAAGUGUCGGGAAUUAAGGUUCCCAGGAGCGACUUUCCGUGAGCGAGGAACAGGAACUGCGAAUACGCACCUCAGCUUCAUUGUCCUGCAGUGCGACCUCCUGAAGUGCAUUCUGCACCAGCUGCCCACAGGGGUGACGGUUAACACAGUUCUUGUGCUUUCCUCCCGUCCUUCCUGUCCCCACUGCCGUAUGUGUUUUCUGGGAUCACCUCCCAAAUAAACCUCUUGCACCCAGA